AUGAGCGGCUCCAGGGCUCCGGGCCCCGAGGCGGGCGCCUCCGGGGCAGAGCCCCCAGGGGCGGCGCUGAGCGUGGACGUGGCAGGGCUGCUGGCACAGCUGGCGCGCAGCUUCGCGCUGUUGCUGCCGGUGUACGCGCUGGGCUACCUGGGCCUGAGCUUCAGCUGGGUGCUGCUGGCUCUCGGGCUGCUCGUGUGGUGCCGCAGGAGCCGCGGCCUUAAGGCCACCCGCCUGUGCCGCGCGCUGGCGCUACUGGAGGACGAGGAGCGCGCCGUGCGCCUCGGGGUGCGCGCCUGCGACCUGCCGGCCUGGGUUCAUUUUCCAGACACUGAGAGAGCAGAAUGGCUAAAUAAGACUGUAAAACACAUGUGGCCUUUUAUUUGCCAGUUUAUAGAGAAGUUGUUUCGAGAAACCAUAGAGCCGGCCGUGCGGGGCGCACACACCCACCUCAGCACCUUCAGCUUCACGAGGGUGGACAUGGGGCAGCAGCCCCUCAGGAUCAAUGGUGUUAAGGUGUAUACUGAAAAUGUCGACAAAAGGCAGAUUAUUUUGGACCUUCAGAUUAGUUUUGUAGGGAAUUGUGAGAUCGAUCUGGAGAUCAAGCGGUACUUUUGUAGAGCUGGUGUGCAGAGUAUACAGAUUCAUGGUACAAUGCGGGUGAUCCUGGAACCAUUGAUUGGAGACAUGCCCUUAGUAGGAGCUUUGUCUAUCUUCUUCCUUAGGAAGCCACUUUUAGAAAUUAACUGGACAGGACUGACUAAUCUUCUCGACAUUCCUGGAUUGAAUGGUUUAUCAGAUACUAUCAUUUUGGAUAUAAUAUCAAACUAUCUGGUGCUUCCCAAUCGAAUCACAGUCCCUCUUGUCAGCGAAGUUCAAAUCGCUCAGCUGCGGUUUCCUGUACCAAAGGGUGUCCUGAGAAUACACUUUAUUGAAGCUCAGGAUCUUCAGGGAAAAGACACUUACCUUAAGGGACUUGUCAAGGGGAAGUCAGACCCCUACGGAGUGAUUCGAGUUGGCAACCAGAUCUUCCAGAGCAAGGUCAUCAAGGAGAACCUCAGUCCGAAGUGGAACGAGGUGUAUGAGGCUCUGGUCUAUGAACAUCCCGGACAGGAAUUGGAGAUCGAGCUCUUUGACGAAGACCCAGACAAGGAUGACUUCCUCGGAAGUCUUAUGAUUGAUCUUAUUGAAGUUGAAAAGGAGCGCCUUUUAGAUGAAUGGUUCACCCUGGAUGAGGUGCCCAGAGGGAAGCUGCACUUGAAGCUGGAGUGGCUCACGCUCAUGCCCGACGCGUCGAACCUCGAGCAGGUGCUGACAGACAUCAGAGCUGACAAAGACCAAGCCAAUGAUGGGCUGUCCUCCUCGCUGCUCAUCUUGUACUUGGACUCGGCCCGGAACCUUCCGAGUAACCCAUUAGAAUUUAACCCUGAUGUCUUGAAGAAGGCUGCAAUUCAGAAAGCUUUAAAGUCUGGGAAGAAAAUAAACAGCAACCCAAAUCCUCUUGUCCAAAUGUCAGUUGGUCACAAGGCCCAGGAGAGCAAGAUUCGGUACAAAACCAACGAACCUGUAUGGGAGGAAAAUUUCACCUUCUUCAUUCACAAUCCCAAGCGCCAGGAGCUCGAAGUAGAGGUGAGAGAUGAGCAGCACCAGUGUUCCCUGGGGAACCUCAGGAUCCCUCUCAGCCAGCUGCUCGCCCGCGAGGACAUGACCCUGAACCAGCGGUUCCAGCUCAGCAACUCAGGUCCCAACAGCUCGCUGAAGAUGAAGCUCGCCCUCAGGGUGCUCCACCUUGAGAAGCAGGAGAGGCCUCCAGACCACCAGCACUCGGCUCAAGUAAAACGGCCCUCUGUGUCCAAGGAAGGGAGGAAAGUCUCCGUCAGGCCUCAGAUGUCUGCGUCGCCGGGCUCGGGUGACAGCGGCACGGCCCCAUCCACGCCGGUCGCCGGGAGCGGCGAGAGGCCUGGCGUGGAGGAGCGAGGCCCGCCCGCGGAGGCCGGCCUGCAGGGCCCGAAGGACCUCAGCCGGAGCUCCUCCAGCCUCCAGGCGGGCCCCGCUGGCUCCCCCAGCCACGUCUCCGUCAAGGAGCCCACCCCAAGCAUCGCCUCGGACAUCUCGCUGCCCAUUGCCACGCAGGAGCUGCGGCAGAGGCUGCGCCAGCUUGAGAAUGGAACCACCCUGGGACAGUCCCCACUGGGGCAGAUCCAGCUGACCAUCCGGCACAGCUCGCAGAGGAACAAGCUGGUGGUGGUCGUGCACUCCUGCAGAAAUCUCAUCGCCUUCUCUGAGGAUGGCUCCGAUCCCUACGUCCGCCUGUAUUUGUUACCAGACAAGAGGAGGUCGGGAAGGAGGAAAACACACGUGUCAAAGAAAACACUGAAUCCUGUGUUUGAUCAGAGCUUUGAUUUCAGCGUCUCACUGCCAGACGUGCAGAGAAGAACCUUGGAUGUGGCCGUGAAGAACAGUGGCGGCUUCCUGUCCAAAGACAAAGGGCUUCUUGGCAAAGUACUGGUUGGCCUGGCAUCUGAAGAGCUCGCCAAAGGCUGGACCCAGUGGUACGACCUCACAGAAGAUGGGACGAGGCCCCACGUGGUGACGUAG